ACAAUGGCCAUGUCUUCCCUAACCCUCCUCCUCGUCGCCGUGGCCGCGAUCGCCGCGCCGCUCGCCUAUGGGGCCUGCGAAGGCGAGGCCUCGCUGAAGGGCGUGGCGAACGACGUCCUCUGGGAGUACGGCCUCCCGAAGGGCCUCGUCCCGGACUCCGUCACCUCCUACACCUUCGUCAACGCCACCGGCGACUUCAAGAUCCAGCUCGCCAGCAGCUGCUACGUCUGGUUCGGCGACCACUACACCUACUUCGACAAGAACCUCAGCGGCACCAUGUCCUACGGCGCCAUCUCCAACCUCUCCGGCAUCCAGGCCAAGAAGCUCUUCUUCUGGGUCUCCAUCUCCAGCAUGGUCGCGCGCCCGGAGAGGGGGAUGAUCGAGUUCCAUGCCGGGUUCAUCUCGGAGGACGUGCCCAUCUCGCUGUUCGAGAAGGUACCCGUCUGCGGCAACGGCGUUGGCGAGCAGCUCCGUGGCGCGGCCGGGGUGAUCCGUGAGAUGAACGUGCUCCCUGUCGCCGAGGUGUGACUUCAGAUAUCAAGUUGCUUUCCCAUGUCUGGUGCUGGGU